CCAAUUGCCUCCAUUUCCAACAGUCUACUUUUCCCGCUCUCAUUUCCCGCUCCCCAAAACCCUAACCCGAACAACCAACCAAUGGGCCAGAAGAAAGCGCCCGCCGCCGACGACUCUCUCGAGCCUAAGAAGCGCCGCCGCGUCGGCUUCUCCAGCGUCGAUGCUGGAGUGGAGGCCAAAGAUUGCAUCAAGAUUUACCUGGUUUCUAGCAAAGAAGAGGUGGGCGCUUCAAACAGUUUUUGUUUAGAUCCAGUUGACUUGAAUAACUUUUUUGAGGAAGAUGGGAAGAUAUAUGGUUACAAAGGAUUGAAGAUUACCAUAUGGGUUAGCAGUAUAUCGUUUGAUGCAUAUGCUGAUAUUGCAUUUGAGAGCACAGCUGAUGGAGGCAAAGGGAUCACAGAUUUGAAAUCAGCUCUUGAGAAAGUUUUUGGUGAGACCCUUGUUGACAGUCAAGAAGAGUUCCUUCAAACCUUUUCAACUCAGAGAAAUUUCAUUAGAUCCAUUAUCUCAAAUGGGGAGGUGUUGCAGCACAAGGCUUCAUCUACUUCUGAUGUGGAGGUUAUUCGCAUGGUUGUGGGCAAGACAGCUGCUGGACCCCUCUACAGUCGCUUGAUUCCUCUUGUUUUUCUUCUUGUUGAUGGUGCCAGUCCAAUUGAUGUUUUGGAUCCAAGUUGGGAGUUGUAUCUCCUGGUCGAGAAGAAAACAGAUGAGCAAGGGGACAUCUACAAUAUAUUGCUCGGCUUUACAGCUCUGUAUCGUUUUUAUCAUUAUCCUGACAGUUCUCGGUUGCGACUUAGCCAGAUCCUGGUAUUGCCUCCUUACCAGCAUAAGGGUUAUGGACGGUACAUUCUAGAGGUUCUCAAUCAUGUUGCAGUAUCUGAAGACAUCUAUGACUUCACAGUAGAAGAACCAUUGGACUACUUUCAACAUGUACGCACUUGUGUUGAUGUACUACGCCUUCAGAAAUUAGAUUCUGUUCGCAAUGCAGUCAAUUUGGCUGUUUCAAAUCUGACACGAGGAAAACUGUCAAAGAAAACGAGCAUCCCUCGACUGAUGCCAACCACAGGAGUCAUUGAGGAUGUGAGGAAAAGCAUGAAAAUCAACAAGAAACAAUUUCUUCAAUGUUGGGAGGUUUUCAUCUAUCUUGGCCUCGAUCCAGUGGACAAGUACAUGGAGGAUUUUGUGAGCAUUGUUUCUAAUCGCAUGAAGGAAGAUCUCAUCGGAAAAGAAUCUGGGACCGGUGGAAAGCAAGUAAUUGAAGUUCCAAGCGAAUACAUACCAGAGAUGUCAUUUGUUAUGUUCAAGUCCAAUGCUGGUGAAGCUACUAGUACUGUUCAGGUAGAUGAAAAUCAACCAAAUCAGGAGGAGCAACUCCAGCAGCUAGUUGAUGAGAGAGUGAAUGAGAUCAAAUCAAUAGCAGAGAAAGUAUCUCAGCAUCGCACAAGCAUUGUCGAGUCAUCUUAAUUGAGUCUGAUUUUCGGUGCUCUUGCAUGUGAUACCUUAAUGCAAUCUGUAGGGUUAGAGUGGUUGGGACUUGGUAGGUUGCCGGAUACAGAGGCUUGCUAUGUAAUUGAGCUCUAUGCUUUUACUUUGUUAUUUUUGAAUACUUUAAGAACUCUAUUACUUUCAAGACUUUCAAGAAAUUCAGCAGCUAAUGCUUUUCCUUCUUUAA